AUGACGCGCACAACGCGCAAUUCGCAGUUCGAUCGGAGCACUCACAAUUUGACAAGCCCAGAACGACGCGUCCUCAGUCAAAUCCUCGGCGAUGGUCGAAACACGCCUCUUUCCCUCGCUGACGCCUUGCAAGCUGCGUCGAUAUCACACGACAGAGUGCGCGCUGCUGCGAUACAGACCUUUCAGAAUCAUGAGCUCGAGGAGAACAAGCGACGCAUCGAGAAAGAGCGCCAGCAGGAGGAGGCUCGACUCAAGAAAGAGGCCGAGAUUGCUGCCGAACAAGAGCGAGUCAAUGCGCUCAAGAGACAAUCGAUCAAACGGCCAGAUCCAGUGCCGGACCCUGAGCCACCAGCAAAAGAAACUCCGAAACCGAAACAGCCUGCGGCGACGAAGGCGCAGGAGCUGAAGCCUUCCCCAGCUCCGGCACCCACAAAGGCUGCGCAACCACAACCUGCGCCGGCAGCUCAGCCUUCCACGACAGGGCUCAAACAACCACCCGUCUCGAUCAGCCCGUUCGCCAGUCUACAGAAGCCGUCUGAAAAGGCUCCAUCUCCCUUGAAGCAAGUCAAUGGCGUCGGAGCAGCUUCUCAGGGCCAGCCGGCCGCAGCGCAAGUAUCGACGCAACCUCGCCCUGCCCCCGUCACAAAGCCAGCGCCUUCGAUAUCGCCUGAAAAACAGAAACUUGCCGACCGCUACACGGCGAUACAUCAGUCAUUGAAGCAGCUCCGCAAGGACAUGGUGGCCCAGUCUAAAGUGCCUGGAUCUCCACUGAAGGGCAAAAUGGGUGACUUUCGUCGUAGCAUUAAGGUGUCUAUUGGACAACUUACUGCUGGCAAAGGCGCAAACAACAUACCUAUCAGCAAGAUCACUGAAAUUCUCCGGGAUGCUCUAACUGGCAAUGUCCCCAGUCAACCAAUCCCAGUCGCAACCUAUGUCGCGGACGACAGGCAGCCAGCGGAAGAUCUCUCGGUCAAUGACCCCAAGCAACCGAAACCGCACAAUGAGCCGACGAUGCCGUCACUGUUCCUAUACCUGAUGAACAUAUGCGCAAAAGGCAUCAUCAGCCAAUUUGCGCGAGAGGCAGGCGCAAACCCCAAGGCCGCCGACCCCGUGGGUGUAUUCGCAGCACACAUCUUCUCCAACAAGGAGUUCCAAUGGCGGGGGCAAUCACUGGUUGAUAUUCUCAUAGCCAAGCUCCGCGUCGGAUGCCCUGUCCUGUUCGGCGCAAGGGGCAAUGACAAGACCGAACGAGGUCGCACGGCUCUGGGGUGGAAAAAGGAGGAUGGUGCGUGGGUCACGGAGCAGGCUCACAACGACCGAAUGACUGGGCUUGGUGCUGGUUUCGCCGCUCUCUCAUUGCGUGACUUUAGCAAAACGACCAAGGCCAACCCAUACCCACCAUCCAACUACUGGACGGCCCUCGCUCUCAUCCUUAACACGCCAGCAGGCGAGACGUCCAACACUCAUUACGUGGUACUACGCGCCAUGCUGCUGGGCCACGAAGGUCGAUUCCUCGCAUUCUACGGGAACGCAGCCCUUGCGGCCAUCAGGAAGGCAGUAUUGGAGUUCCCGGCCAGGGCCCCAGCGAAUGCAUCUGCUGCCGGUUCAGUUGCGGCCUUGGCUGAAGUCUGGAAGUCGGAAGGAUUUGUACUAUGA